AUGUCCAGAAAGUUCUGUUGGGAGAUAAGGAGGUACAAUGGUAGUCACACCUGUACUAGGGCCACCAUUUCUCAAGAUCAUUCGAAGCUGAAUUCCAACACAGUUGCAGAAGCAAUAAAGCCAUUGGUAGAAGUUGACCCGUCUAUAAGGGUGAAAUUAGUGAUUGCGGAAGUACAGUCAAAGUUUAACUACACCAUUAGUUAUCGCAAAGCAUGGUUGGCAAAACAAAAGGCAGUGGAGUCAAUUUUCGGAGGAUGGGAAGCUUCGUACGAAGCCUUGCCGAUAUGGUUUGAGGCCAUGUGUCACAAGGAGUCAUCCGCAGUUGUUCAUUUUCAAACAAUGCCUGCGUAUCAGAGAGAUGACUUGCUUCCUAAUAUUCGUGUACUUCACCGAGUCUUCUGGAGUUAUUACCCUUUCUCACAGGAUGGCAACAACAACAUCGUGCCGAUUGCAUUUGCGAUAGUUGAGGGAGAGACAUCUGAGGCCUGGCACUUUUUUCUGAGUAACUUGCGACAGCAUGUUGUGAGACGUGACGGUGUGGGCCUUAUAUCCGAUCGGCACGAUUCCAUUAGGUCUGCUAUUGAUCGUAGUAACGGAGCUUGGUCUCCUCCCAGAGCAUUCCAUAUGUUCUGCAUCAGACAUAUAGAGUCCAACUUUUUGAGAAAAUUCAAGGCUCCGUAUCUGCAGAAGCUUAUCGUCAACAUAGGUUACUCGCGAACAAUUCGCGAGUACGAGACGCGUUAUCAGCGUUUACGUGAGCGGGGUGAGGCUUAUACCAACUGGUUGGAUCGAAUACUGCGUGAGCAGUAUGCUUUAGCAUUUGAUGGGGGAUAUCGAUGGGGUCAUAUGACAACCAAUCUUGUGGAAUGCAUCAACUCAGUACUGAAAGAGGCUCGCAAUCUUCCAGUCACUGCACUUGUUAAGGCAACGUUUUACAGGCUUAAUGAAUUGUUCACCCGGAAAAGAGCCGAGGCUGAGGCUAGAAUUAAUGCAGGACAUGUGUUCUCUGAGCUUGUAACCUCCAAACUGCAUGCAAAUCAGCGGGCAGCUGGUAACAUUCAAGUUAGUUGCUUUGACCGACAGAAUGAGGUAUUCGAAGUGCGUGAGUGUCCUAGUGGUGUGGAGUAUGCAGUGGAUCUUCGUCAACAACGGUGUGACUGUGGUGAGUUCCAAAUUGACCGGCUUCCGUGUCGAUAUGUGUUUGCUUGUUGUGCAAACCAACGUCUGGAUUGGCAACUGUAUGUACAUGAUGUUUACAAGAUGGACCAGGUUCGACGAGUAUACAGGGCUAGGUUUAAGCCACUUGGAAAUCCAACAACAUGGACUUUUUAUCAUGGACCUCGAAUUUGUUGGUAA